AUGAAGAUGGAUAGAAAGAGUCCCAGCAGCCACCAGAAGCGAACUAGCCUAAACCUGCGACAAUACACCUGGGAACAAGCUGCUGGGGCUUUCUCAAAGGUAGAAGCCGUCAUCCUCGAGACACUAGCUGAAAUUCCCGAGAUAAUGGAUGACGCCAAACGGUACAUCGAGAUAUACGGCAGAUGUCGAGAUCAGCUUCUGGAGAAAAAGACUUUCCAGCUCUAUUUGUCUAUCCUCAAGGCCUUGAACCACAUUAUGCAGUUUUUUGUGGACAGUUCAUGGAGCAAGGUCUAUCAGCCAAUUCUCAAGCAGUCAUCCUAUAAAAGCAAACUGCUCGAAAGCUGCAAAGACAUCAGACUAAGAGACAUGCAAGCAACCGAGAAGAAGAAGAUAGUGGAGGGAAAACGUGAACGCGACUUGGAACAGGCGAAAGGCUUGCUAGACGUACUGGGAUAUGACCCCGAUGUUGUGCUGACAGACACCGAGAAGUGUUUGGGCCUUGGAGCCGCAAUGGCUGAGACUGACAAGGCUAGAGCGGCCGCCCUCGUCGACGACCCUACAUUCAAAGACUUCAUGACAAAGGCGACAUCAUCUAGUGUCCUUCUCGUCAACGGAAACGAAGACCUAUCUAGUGCCGAAGGCAUCUCGCCUCUCAGCCUCGUGGCAGCCAGACUCGCCCAGAUAUCUGAGCAGAAUGAGACCGCCCAGGGUCUGACACUGAAAUAUUUCUGUGCCGAGCACAGCCCUUACGGCACGGAGAGUCAAACUUCGUCCCCUGCAGAGACCAUGAUGGCCAGUCUCAUAGGCCAGCUCGUCAGCCAUAUAUUGAGCCGGUCUGUUGAGAUAGACCUCUCCUUCUUGGUACCAGAGAAUUGGGCGGUCUUCGGAAAUCUUAAUCUCAAGUUGAUGUGCACCGUCUUCUUUGAGCUUGUGAAGCAGCUGCCGUCGAACACGAUUCUUCUCUGCAUUCUCGACGAGGUUGCCUUGUACGAAACAGGUGUUCCCAAGCACAGUAUGGAUACGGUUGUGAGGAGAUUGGUCCGACUCGUAGAGGCGAGUGAUGAGAUCGUUUUCAAGCUGUUGGUCACUUGUCGGGGCCGAUCUUUGGGAAUCGGCCAGUACUUUACGGGGCAUACGCUGGAUCUCGAUGAAGAGGUUGAAGUAGAGGACUCUUCAACGUGGCGAAUUGCCAGCAUGAGACUCAAACCUUGA